AUGAGGCUCCUAAUCAUCACCCUCACGCUUCUCCACCACGCUUCCGUCACCACCGCAGGGAAAUGGGGGAAGUACGGCGAUUGGUCUGAUUCAUUCAAAGCAAGAUUCAACUGCGACUGGCAAUCCCGAACAGACCAUAGAAACCAAUUCCCUCCAAACAUCAUGGGAGACUCCAAUGAGCCACCUGGAACCAAUCCAUUCGCACCCGAUGGAGAUCCAGGCUACGGCGAUAUAGCAUUUACGGGUCCAGAAUGCAAAGUCGGGAUUUGGAAAAGAGGAAUGAAUAAUGAACUAGGUCCUUGGGAUAUGAAAACUUUGAAAGUGAUCAAAUGGGUAGUACCGGAAGCGCCGUACACCGCUUGUUAUCCAUUUGGUAUUCAGGAGCCUGGUGCUUGUAUCAACCUCAGCUUUCCAAACGAUGCUUCAUCGUUCAUUGUUACUGGAUACUGCGAAUGCGAGUUUUUUGACCAGGAUAAUUGUGAAGGAGGAUUGUUUAAGGCUUUCAACCGUGCUGACGGCUCACUGAAGACCAAUGGACCGCAUAACGACAUGAUCAAUAGUUACAGAUGCUACGAAACAAAACAGUUGGAUAGAUGGCAAGGUGGACAAGUAAAGUUUUAUGCAGGAGGAAAACAUGGUCGUGAUAUGGUGAUCGAUGAAAUCCUACCUACGAUGCCGGAGUGGAAUGCACUAGGCGGGUUCUCUGGGUGCAGAGUUAUGCCGCCAGAAGUUGAGGAAGCAGGAGGCGUCCAGAAAGUCAAACUAAAUGGUGUUUCGUGUAUGUUUUUUGAUAACUGGGGGUGCAAGCAUCCGGCUAUGUUUUGGGAGGGUUCUAUGGGCCGAAUUGAGAGAUCUAGUGGGCUUGAUGGUAAAGUUAGGAGCUAUAGGUGUUUUGCUCCUUGGGGGAUUGGUUAUCAUAGGAGAGAUGAUGGGAGGCUUCCCGAGCCCAAUUGA